UCUUAAAGUCAAAACAAGACAUGCUUCAGCUUCCUCCUCACAAGCUGGUUCAAGAUGUCAUUACAAGGUGGAACUCCAGCUAUGACAUGAUCACACGCUAUUUAGAGCAACAAGCUGCUGUCUAUUCUGCACUUGCAGAAAAAGACAUAAAAAAAAAUGCCAAAGACCUUAUCACCCUCUCUGAUCAAGAUGUGACUGUUCUGGAAGAUGUAUGUCAGGUACUGAAGCCCCUGAAAACAGUCACAACCUUGAUGAGUUCCGAACAGCAGCCUACUGUGUCUAUGAUCAUGCCCCUACAACACACCAUCCUUACAUCUAUGAAACACAGUGACACAGAUUCAACAAUUGUAAAGGAUGUUAAAUCUGCUAUAGAGGCAAACUUUGAAGAGAGGUAUUCAGACCCAAGACUUCAACAGUUCCUGAAUGAGAGCACUGCCUUGGAUCCUAGGUUUAAGACUUUACCCCACCUGGAUGACAAAUCUCGGAAUGAGAUCUUUAAUUGUCUGGAGGAGAAAAUUUUGCAAGAGCACCCCACACAGUCUCAUGCCUCAGGAGAAGGGUCCAGCCAAAACUCUGCAGAGGAUCAAGAAACUGUAGCAACCAGCAGAGGCAGCCCCCCAGCAAAGAGAACAGCACUCAGUGAACUGUUUGGUGAUUUUUUCAGCACAGCCUCCACUGCAUCAUCAUCAGCAACCAAACCAUGGCCUGAUGUUGUGAAAGACGAGAUUCAGCUAUACAAAAUGGCUAAAGUAAUUUCUGUGGAUUCAAAUCCACUGAAAUGGUGGAAAGAUAAUGAGCACCAGUACCCACAUUUGUCCAAGCUUGCCAAACAUUAUCUUGCUGUACAAGCAACAAGUGUGGCAAGUGAGAGAGUGUUCUCAACAGCAGGGGACAUUGUGACAGCUCAAAGAGCAGCCCUCUCUCCAGAGAAUGUGGACAUUCUCAUUUUCUUAAAGAAGAACAUGAAAAUAUAAAAAAAAUCACAGUUGUCGUCUGCCCAUAGAAAUGUAAAUAGUUAAUAUUUUAGCAAUAUUUUAGU